AUGAUCGGCGGGGUUACGGAGCUAUUGUCCAGUGCUAUCGGAUGGAGGAAUAAAUGUGAGAGCACUCGACGACUUGAUGGUCAGGUUGUGGUGAUAACCGGUGCCAACACUGGUAUCGGCAAAGAGACUGCACUUCACCUCUCAUUACGAGGCGCUAAAAUUAUCAUUGGAUGUCGUGAUGUGGACAAAGGCAAAGAAGCCAUAACCGAAAUACUCGUCAAGAAUCCAAAGGCAAACUUAAAUGUAUUAAAACUGGAUUUGUCUUCAUUGGCAUCGGUUCGCGAGUUUGCGAAGAAUGUGUCACUAAAUGAGUCCAAUAUAGACAUACUUAUCAAUAACGCCGGACUUGGGAUGUGUCCCGAAUGGCAGACCAAAGAGGGCUACGAAAUGGUAUUUGGAACCAAUCACUUGGGUCAUUUUCUACUGACUCUCUUAUUACUACCGCUGUUACGAAAGUCACCCAAAGCUAGGGUUAUAAACGUUUCAUCCGUUGCAUACAAAAUGGGAAAAAUUGAUUUUGAAAAUAUAAACCUAAGGAAUGGUGCCUAUAAUGGUAUAACCGCUUACUCUCAGAGUAAACUGGCAAAUAUAUUGUUUUCACGGGAACUGUCGAAACGGUUGGGCCCUAAUAGUCCAGUGACCACAUAUUCGUUACAUCCCGGUCCUGUCAAAACCAAUCGGUCUCGCUAUAUGGAGAAUAAAUCGUUGAAAGCUUUUUACGAUACAAUGACUACAUUAUUGUAUUUAAGACCAGAAAUGGGAUGUCAGACAACACUGUAUUGCGCUCUCGAGGAAAGUCUGGACAGAGAGACCGGUCUUUAUUACAAUAAUUGUCGUGAGGAGAAGCUGUGGGAUAACGGAUCCGAUGAUAAAAGUGCUGAAAGGCUAUGGAAUCUGAGCUGCGAUUUGGUUCAUCUCGAAGAUCAUCUCAAGAUUUAA